UGGAUAUUGGAUAUUGGGGGCGGGCCAUCGAAAACUUGGUGUUUAAAAUGGAUGUGGUUCUAGAUCUUGAGUGUUUGCCGUACGUGGAAUUGCGGAAGUUAUCUAAGGCUCAUGGCCUGAAGGCUAACAAAAAGGCUUCAGAACUAAGGAAAGAAUUGAGGACCGUGCUUUGCGUUCAGGAAGCUGAAAGUACAAAAGAAAAUAUAAAUAUUGAGGUUUUCUCCGAACCGUGUUCGUUUAGCCAGUCCACAGAGACAUAUUGUGUUAAUGACCGGGAGUGUGUGCCAUGUAGUGGAUUGACUUCGACACCAGAGAGUGAUAAAAAAGUCUCAAAAGCUUUGAAUCGUACGUAUGAGGUGACCUCUCCAAAGGUAUGUCAUAGAAAGGAAAUAACUAUCGAGAAUAUCAGGAACCACACUAAAAAUAAUAAGACAGUAUUAAGUGGAAAUUCUGUCAAUCUCCCGCGUGAUAGUGCAUUCGCUCGACGUAAGGCCUAUGAUAUAAAAAUAAGACUGUCACGUCGAUCAUCUUGUGGAGGUGAUCGCACUACCGGAAGUUCCACUCCAACCUCAAAGCCAACUACUCCACGACGAGAUAUUCGUACUCCAAAGCCGUUUGUGAAUAUCAAUCGUAAUCGAGCUCAAGCUGCAGAUAUCUGUAAGCUGGACCGUAUUACUUCACGAAGGUUGUUAGUUGACAAGACUCGUGGUUUAUAGCAAUAGUUAUUUAUCUUUUUGUAUAAUGAUAUAUACUUAAUGCUUGUAUCAUUCAUUCCUUGCGUAUGUCAUCAUUAUUCUUUUCUGUGAUAUCAUUUUCAGCAUUUUCAUUGUUUGCUGAUGAGAAUGUUUAUCAUCAUUGUUGUAUUUCAUUCAUGUCAUCAUAAAAAUUGUUGUAUCAAAA